AUGUGGAGCAUUACAGUACCUACUUCUGCCGAGGAGACAGUUUGUCCCAUUUGUCUGGAUUUCUUCAUCGAUUCGGUUACACUAGAUUGUGGACACAACUUCUGCCGCUCCUGUGUUACCCAGAGUUGGGGAAAAAAGGAGAUAAACUCCUGCCCGGAAUCGUCAGCUGAAAUCUUCCUUCGAUUCUCACAGCAAGAGAAAAUCGGCAGUUCUAGAGACAAAACUGAAGCAGAAACGGAAGAUUUCCGAAGUGAGGGUGAGCUCUCCCUGUGCUGGUUUUCUGGGAUCUCGGUUAGUUUUCCGGAAAGAAACCUCAGGAUAAAUCGAGCCUCAGCGAAUUUGGUCAAGAAGGCUCGAAAAUUAGAACUGGAUUCGAAAGAGAAGGAAAGUAAACCUCACUGUGAGAAACAUCAGGAAGAUCUGAAGCUGUUUUGUGAAACUGACAGGAAAUUGAUCUGUCUGAUUUGUAGAGAUUCGCGGGAGCACAAAACUCACAACUUCCUGCCGAUCAACGAAGCUGUUGAAAUCUACAAGGAUAAGCUGAAAUCUUCCUUAAAUUCUCUCACAGAGGAGAAAUCGUUGGUUCUACAAACAGAACUGACCCAGAAACGGAAGAUUUCCGAAGUGAGGGAACAGGCGAGCAGUCUGCAGACCCACAUCACAUCCGAGUUCACUAAAAUGCACCAGAUUCUCACUGAGAAAGAGCAGCGUUUACUCAGAGAUCUCAGGGAAGAAGAGGAGAGGGUUGUAGAACCAAUGGAGAGAAACCUUCGAGAGAUUCAAGAGAAUUUAAAUUCUAUUGAGGAGGAACUCUCAAAGUUACAGAAACAGAUGGAGCAAGAAAAUGAACUGAUAUUUUUGAAGGUGAAUUGUGGAUUAGUUCAUUGAACAUUCAGCCAUAAA